AUGAAUGGCAUCCGCCUGGAGGUGUCCGAUCCCAAUCACCAUACUCCUUGCCUGAACUUGGUGGUCACGAACAAGGCCAUCUAUGUCGUGGACCCUACAGUGGCCGGCUAUCCGACCGAGAACACGGGAAAGAUCCAGGACUGCGAAUGGCUGAAGGCAGACCUGAUCCGCAUCACGCGAGGCUUCCUGCCCCAGGUCAUGUUCCUUGGGUUCAAGUCCAAUGCGCCACCGGAAGAAGGUGACAAGGGUGAGACCAUCGUUCCCUUCAUCUUCCACCGCCACAAUGCGCGAGAAAGCGCUUUGAGCAAGCUGUCUGACUUAAAGCAGCUUCCCAUCGACGAUGACAAGAUGACGGAAGAG